CCCAUCUCUCAUUCCGGAGAGAGCAAACUUUUAGUAAGAGAAAGAAAGAAGUACCGACCGAGAGAGAGAGAGAGGGGGGACAAAGAGAGAGAGAGAGAUGGAGAAGCAAGAUUAAGAGAUUCCCCUUGGUGGUGGCUACUGGCUGGUGUGGUGUGAGCUUCUGCUUCUUCUUCUGCUUCUCCACUCAUAUUCUUCCCCUCAAACCCUCUCUCUUUUCACAUAACACCCAUGCCCCGAGCCAGACCCACCGAUCCACCAACCAAAGCACCAUCAUCGAUAAACCCUAACGAACCAGCGACCCAAACCCGUUUUCGCGGUGUCCGAAAGAGACCAUGGGGCCGCUUCGCCGCCGAGAUCAGAGACCCAUGGAAGAAGUCCCGGGUCUGGUUGGGUACCUUCGACACCGCCGAGGCUGCAGCCCGGGCCUACGACGCCGCCGCCCGCUCCUUCCGCGGGCCCAAAGCCAAGACCAACUUCCCCCUCCCCGGCCCACCCGAGCCCGCCUCUGAUCUCAUCAUCUCCAAGUUCGAUCCGGUCCAGGCCAGCCGCCCCACCAGCAGCGGCAUGAGCAGCACGGUCGAGUCCUUCAGCGGCCCUAGGGUUUCCAAUCCUCUUCCCUCGAUGGUCCCCCGAAGGCCCGUGAACCCUAUCGCACUUGAAGAUUGUCACAGCGACUGCGAUUCCUCCUCCUCCGUCGUUGACGACGAUGAUGACUGCGUCCUUACCUCUUCUUUCCGCCGCAAGCCUCUACCCUUCGAUCUGAACCUCCCCGCGCCGGAUGCCGACGAUGUCGCAACCGCCGGAGAUCUCGCCGCCGAUGAGCUAUGCGUCACUGCGCUGCGCCUCUGACAGCAAGCCGGUGAUGGAAAAUGACGGAAGAGAAUCGAUUUUUAUUUUCUCUCUUUUUUUUUUCUUUUAAUUAUAAUUUUGAAAUUUGCAAUGAAGGGUUGCUGAGGCCUUUAAAAUUUAAAAGGAAGAGGAAAGAAAGAAAUUGGAGUAUGAUUUAGAUUGUUUUUAUGUUGUAGAAUAGUUAUUGUUGUCUUUGUUGUGUGAUGCAUCACAAUCUGUGUUGUUGUAAGUUAUUUGGAUCCUUUUCUCUCAUAACAUAUCUCUCUAGUUCUCUA